AUGUCGUUUGAUUUCAACCCUACGCCGGACGCAGGCUCGACGGAUCCGAUGUCGGACUUUUUGCAGCGUGAGAAGCAGGCGGCUGGUGAGCUGUUGGGCGGCGACCAGGACUUGUUUGGCAGCAGCGGCCACCACAAGAACAGCAGCACCAACGCAGCGCCUACGCAGCUCCCGAGCGACCUGGAUGACUUUGAGCAGCGUGCCAAGGCCUUUCCGGCGCUGGAUGGCGAGGAGGCACUGACGGACACGCCUGCCCCGCCGAAGCCUGCGACGGAGGAGGAGCGAUUCCAGGCCUCGUUCCCACCGCUGGACAGUGCGUCGUUGGACGCUGGUGACGAUGCAGGUGCGUGGGAUUCGUGGGACACCGAGGAGCGAGAGGUCCCGGCCCCUGCUUCGGUCCCGGUGCCAGCCCCGGUAGCGGAGGCUACGCCAGAGGUGGCGGCCAAGCCCGCGCCUACGUCGAUGCCAGUGGCAGAGCCGACGCCGGCGAGGGAGCCAGCGCCUGUUGAGGCGGCCAGUACGACCAAGACACCGUUCACGUAUGCCGACCUGGACGAGGACACGGAGCCGUUGCGUGCCUGGCGUGAGAAGCAGGAAGAGGAGAUUGCACGCCGUGAAGCGCAAGCGGAACGUCAUCGUGCGGAGGCCAUCUCCAAGGCCGAGCAGGAAAUCGACCAAUUCUACGCAGACUACAACGCACAGAAGGAAAAGAAUAUCAAGAAGAACAAGGAAGCGGAAGCGCGUUUCCUCGAGCAGAAGCAGAAAGAGCUGGCAGAGGGUACGACGUGGACGCGCAUCACGAAGCUCCUCGAUUUGCAAAACAGCCAGUCGAAGACCAUUGCCAAGACGGGCGCUGGUGCGAGUGACUUGACGCGGAUGAAGGAGCUGUACCUCAGCCUGCGUCGCGAGGGUGAGAAGGCGCCGGGUGCUGCGGGGUACUAA